UAUGACUGGUGUUCCUGGAUUCCCAAUGCCCCACCAACAAUGCGCUGCCCUCCUCCAACAGAAAAGGGGACAGUCACCAUCGAGCAAAUUGUGGAGAGUCUGCCAGACAGGGGACGUUCUUGUUGGCAUCUUGGAGCUGUCUGGGCCUUGAGCCAAUUCCAAGACAAUGAACUGUUUCUGGGCAUGUACCCAGAUGAACACUUCGUGGAGAAACCAGUGAAAGAGGCUAUGGCAAAAUUCCGCAAGAAUCUGGACGAGAUUGUCAAUGCCGUCACUGAGCGCAACAAGAACAAAAAGCUUCCUUACUACUACCUGUCCCCAGAUCGCAUUCCCAACAGCGUUGCUAUUUGA